AUGAAGAGGAAGUCGUUGGAGUUUCAAAAGAUUCGAUCCAAGCUCCAGCAGCGACGCAAGAAGGAUGCUGCGACUGCCCCGGGGGCUCCGGCCUCGCCUGGCCUGGGCACGACGGCCCAUCCAUCCACGGCCAGCAGGGGGAAUAGCAGUAGCAAUAGUCUGCAUGGCAGCAGCAACAACAGCGGAGAUGAGUUCGAGGGAGGACAGCAGUUGCGGUCGCCCAUCAGGCGCCAGCCGCCGACGACGCCGGAGCUAAAGAUGGUGGUGGCCGGCAUCGAAGAGGGCGCCGUCGAGCGGAAGCGCAAGCAGGCCGCCGACGCGCUCGCCACGCCAAAGAACGACAGCGGAGCCGUAUUGGCCCCCGCCAGGAAAGAGCGAAGGCCGCGACAAGACAACGAAAACGACGGCGGCGGCUCAUCUUCCGGAGGCGACGGCGAAGAAGAAGACGGCGAGGGCGAGCCGGGCGCCAACAACGGCGAGUCGCCCACCAAGAGGCGCAAGACCAACUUCUCUGCGCAGGGCUACCCCCAGCGUCUGGAGGAGGCCAUCCAGGCCUGCAUGAACGCCGUCAAGCAAGCUGAGCAACGACUCGGAGAGCCGGUGAAGGCCGACGCGUCGGGGACUGCGCCGAUCUACUACCGAUGGAGCUCCCUGGCGCGGGCCAAGUACAUCGAGCCGGCCUGGCAGUUCCUCUCGAACAUGAGCCCCUUCCCCGUGACCAUCGGCGGCAUCGUCUACCCGACCCUGGAGCACUACUAUCACGUCAUGAAAUUCGUGCACGCCCGAAGCCUGCCGAUCAAAUUCGAGUCGGUCGAGCAGAUGAAGAGCAACCCGGUCGUCGCCAAGCUCCUCUCGAUGCCCGAUCCCGAGAAAGUCAAGCAACUCAUGGGCAAGAAAGGUUCGAUGGGCAAGAAGCUGCCGUUCAAUUGGGUGGCCUGGAGCAAGGCCAUUCCUGAGAUCAUGAUGGAGGCCAAGCUCCUCAAGGCGCGGCAGUACCCCGGAAUCAGGCGUCUGCUGCUCGAGAGCGGCAAUCGAACGAUCGCCGAGCGCAAGCUGAGCCACCGCAAGAAGACACCGCCCGAGCCCUCCGAGAUCCGGGGCAUGCUGGUCUUCUACAAGGGCCAGUGGUACGGCGACAACGCGAGCGGCAAGAUGUGGAUGCGCGUGCGGAAGCAGCUGCAACAGGAGGAGUAUGAGCGGGCGCAGAUCGAGGCCCGGGCGAGGCACAGGGGCAAGCUGGUACUGGUCGAGUCCGACGAAGAGGAGGAAGAAAGAGAGAAGCCAAAGAAGAACGAAAACGAUGAAGAAGAGGUGGUGGCGGUGGUGGAGGAGCUGAUCGAGGAGGAGACGGACGGCGGUGCGAGCGGCGAUGAUGAGGAAGAAGAGGACGGGGAAGACCGGCGGACGGAGCGAGGGAAGCGGAGCUUCAUCAUCAGCCACGUCAAGGACGAGCACGUCACUAUCGCGCACAACCCGGAGGAGGGCGAUUGGAUCGUCCAACGAGAACGCGAACGCGAACGCGAAGAACGAAAGCGACCGACGUUGUCGGCCUGCCCUCGGAAGAGCGAAAGCGAAGGGGCGCUGGCUGUCGGAGCUAAAAGGCAGCGGUCGCCGCCGGUCUUGGCCGCAACGAAGCCGCACGAGGAGCGACAACGACGAAACGAGGUGACAUCGGCACAAACCACGUACGUCCCCGCCGAGGUGUUCCGAGAGCACGUCAAGGCGCUGGAGACUGAACUGAAGGCCACGAUCGUGGAGGAGGAAGCGAUUGUGGUGGAAGAGGAAGUCGUCGAGGAGGAGGUCAUCGAAGAGGUCAUCGAGGAGGUGGACUUCUUCGACAUGAGUGACUCGGAGAGCGACGACAGCGAUAGCGCCGACGACAGUGACAGCGAUGUGAGCGAAGACGCCUACAGCGAGGACGAUGGCUACUAG